AUGGACGACGUGCGGGUGCAGUGGGUGGGCGAGCGGCUGCAGCGCGGGCUGGGCCACAGCGACCCGUCUCCCUUCGAGGAGCUGCUGAACCGCAACGACGGCGAGGAGACGGAGCAGCUGCUCCACUUCCUCAACAUGAGCUCCAGCGCCGAGGACAGCCAGGCCGCCGGCCUCUUCUUCCGCCAGGAGCUGCGCCUCGACGAGAUCGACGUCGAGAUCGACGUGCCGUACGAAGAAGGGACAGAUGAGGAUGAAACGAGUUCGCAGAGAAUGUGGGACACUUCCUCCACCUCCAUCACCGAAGCAAAGAAAAGCUGGAGGAGCAGGACAUCCGUAAACGAACCAGGAGAAAAAACCAUGAGUGGGACCCUUUCCACAGCCUCGGUCAGGUCAGGCAUGACGGAAAUAGAGCACGAGCUGGGCAUAUCGCGACGAAAGGCUCGGACGUACAAAAAAAUUGUGAAGCAAGAAGUUUAUAAUCUCUAUUACCACAUGGCGGUGAACGAUAUCCCGGAAGAAUUUGUGGAGAGUGAUACCAUCUAUUUCCUGAGAGAGACAGCAGAAACGGUGUCAGAACCUAAUGACCUGGCCGAAGCCAACGACGUCUUGCCCGAAGUUUUGGAAUACGGCAUCCUGAACAACAACACUCUGUUGAUGCUCAAACAGAUCUUGGCCCUGGUGUACCUGCCCGCCAUGUCCCACAACCAGUAUGGCUUGGAUGAGAUCAGCACGCAUGCAGAAUCUGAAAAAGCCGAGGGGGAAGAUUCGCAGCUUGCCCAAAAGGCGCUGAAGAAGCCGCUGGUAUUCGAUAGUUACCAGAAUCUACGGAAUGAGUUCUUGAUGAACAUGCAGAAAUUCCUGAACCACAUUCAGAGGACCAUCCAGCAGAUUGAAGGGGAAAUUAAGUUAGACAUGCCGACGUUAAGCAUAGAAGGGGACGCGUAUGAACUGGCGGCUGACCAGGAAGUGGUUGAAACGUUGGAAAACCUUGCAAACGGUUGGCUCGUGUUGAUCUCUUCUGCAAACGAAGAACUCCAGAGAAAAGUUCCCCAGGGGAACGGCCCGCUCCCAGAGAUCGAUCUCUGGCGGGAGAGGAAUGCCACCCUGAGUGCCCUGACGGAGCAGGUGAAGCUGCCCACAGUCAAGAAGGUCCUACAGGUGCUUGAAAUGGCCAACGCGGGGAUCGUGGACAACUUGCAGGUGGUCGUCGCCGAACUCUCCAAGCAUCACGUGGAAGCGGUGGACAACGUGAGGUUUCUUUCCACCCUGGAGCGACAUCUGAAGAAUUUAACCCACGGCACCGGGUUCAACGUCGUCUUGGAUACCAUCCCUUCUCUGAUGAAUGCUUUGCGGAUGGUCUGGAUUAUUUCGCGGCACUACAACAAGGACGAGCGGAUGGUCCCUCUGAUGGAACGGAUCGCCUGGGAGAUCUCGGCGAGGGUGUGCAAAGUCGUGGACCUGCGGACGUUGUUCAAGUAGGGGGCAGAUCCUUCUCCUUCUCGGCUUUGUCCCCAAGAUAAGACUCUUGAUUGCCCCAGAACUUGUGUGUCCUCGACAUACACCAACAAUUGGGACCAGAGUUUUNNNGAUAUCCGGGCCAAAAUCGAAGCGUCGGGAAGAGACGCUCGGUGGGAAUUUGAUCGGAAGCGGCUGUUUGAAAAGACGGACUACAUGGCUUACAUCUGUCAGGACCUCUACAACGUGUUGCAGGUCAUGGAGGAAUUUUACAACAUCUUUGGGCCUGAACUGAAAGCCGUGACGGGAGACCCCAAGCGCAUCGACGAAGUCUUGUACCGAGUAGACAGCCUGGUCAGCCCGAUGGAAGCUCUGACCUUUGACCCGUUCAACCUCAGAAGUAUAAACCAGUGGAAGGCAGUGAUGGAAGAGUUCAAGUUGGAAGUUGUAGACAUCGAGAAAGAAGCCAAGAACUUCAUCGACGAGUCCUUCAAGACCCUCCGCUCCGCCGAAGCAGCCUUUGACAUGCUGUUGAACUUCAAGCACAUCCGUUCCCGGGAGGCCAUCAACAAACAGAUGAUGAUGAAAUUCAACGAUAUCCUGGCGCAGUAUUGCAAGGAGCUCGAGAUCGUCAAUGGCAUUUUUGUCAACAACCUCACUAGCCCCCCUUUGUGCAAGAACCACCCUCCGAUGGCCGGAGCCAUUUACUGGGCGCGGUCUCUCUUCUACCGUAUCAAGCACACCAUCAUUCGCUUCCAGGAAGUGGAAGAACUGCUGGCUAGCGAACGCGGGAAGGAGGUGAAGCAAAAAUACCUGGAGGUGGCAAAGAGGAUGAAAGAAUACGAAGAUGUGAAGUACGACCAGUGGAGAAACACCACCGAAGAAAGGCUUCCGGUUCUCUUGAAAAAAACUCUCCUUGCUAGAGUUCAUCUGACCGGGGUGAUCGUUCAGUCAAGCCCAGAGGCUCCAGAACCGAGCGUACGUUCAGAGGAGGUGGAAACCACCAGUGAGAAGUCGACACGUUUCGUGGUCAACUUUUCGCCCGUCCUUCGGGAGAUCAUCAACGAAACCAAGUACAUGGAGCACCUGGGAUUCCCCGUGCCCGAAAUUGCGAGGAAUGUGGCUUUGCAGGAAGACAAAUUUCUGCGAUACACGGAUAGCAUCAAGCAGAUGCUGGACCACUACCACAAGUUAGUAGGAACCUUGAACGAGGCUGAGGUGCAGCUCCUGGACGAACACAUGCAAGACCUCUGGCGGGUUUUCCGAUCCGGUUACAAAAGACUCAACUGGAACUCUUUAGGGAUUGGUGACUAUAUUAUACGGUGCACCCAGGCCAUUGGGAAGUUUGAAUCCCUCGUGCAUCAGAUCCACAAGAAUGCCGAAGACAUCAAUAAUAAACUUCGAUUGAUUGAAUCGGCCAACCUGUUCAAAAGCCCUCCUUCCAAAGGAGACGGCCAACUCCCAGGUGUGAAGGAUUACUUCGAGUUCAUCAAGCGCGAGCGAGUCAGGGACAUGGAGCACUUGGUCCGCAAGUACACCUCGGUGGGGCCGCUGCUGACCAAAAUGGAAGGCCUGGUGGCCAACACCAACACAGGGAAAGCCUCGCGGCUCGCGGCGUAUUACGCCUUCUGGGAGAAGAAAAUCUAUCAAAGCUUGACCAACUUGGUUCUGAAGAAUUUGCAGUCCUUCAACGCCGCCGUGGUUGGGGACGUUCCGCUCUUCCAAGCUGAGACCAUUUUGUCCGCCCCUGAGAUCAUCCUCCAGCCGAACAUGGGAGAAAUUGAGAAGAUGAGCAUCCAUUGCAUUCGAGACUGUGUGGAAACCACCAAGCUUUUUAUUCGCUGGUUGCACGGCAGUUGCAUUGAGUGCCCACCUCAGCAAAAAGGGGACGAUGAACCGGUCAUCUUCAGCUUCUUCAGCGACAUCUCCCAGAACCCAACAGUCAUCGAACAGGCCAUCCUGAUCACGCAGAACAUGCACAAGCUCCUGGCUUCUCUCACCAAAUACCUCAACCGUUGGAAGCGGUAUCGGCCCCUGUGGAAACUGGACAAGGCCAUCGUCAUGGAGAAGUUUGCAGCCAAGAAGCCGCCUUGCGUGGUUUUCGACGAGAAGCUGCAGUUCUACAUGAAGGUGGCCCAGGAAGUCAUGCAACAGCCCAUGGUCAAAGAUGAGCAAUGCAUCCGCCUGUUGCUGUCCCCGUUGGCCUUCACAGUCCAGGAGAAUGCUAGAGGUUGGAUCACUUCCCUUGGGAAGCUACUCAACGAGUCAGCCAAAGAGGUGCUGUAUAGUCUCCAAGAAAACAUUGAGAGAUUGUCGCACAAUUUGAAAACGACCCCCAAUACCUUGGAAGAUCUCAAAUUUGUCCUGGGCACAAUAGCCGAGAUCAAACAGAUAUCUCUAGAAGUGGAACUCAAGUAUUUGGAUAUUCAAGAGAGAUAUCGGACCUUGGGCAUGUACAACAUUGCUAUAACAGAAGAAGAAAAGAACCUGGUGGAUAAGAUAAAGCUGAUGUGGGAAACUCUUUAUGUUGAUGCGGCCGGAGUUGAUCACAGCCUGGGCAGCAUCAAGAAGACUUUUACGGAGAUCACAAGGGAGCAGAUUGGAAAUUACAGCAAGGAGAUCGAUGACUUCUACCAACGGUUUGUCACCGAGGGACCAGGUUCUGUCGGUGAAAAUCUUGAUAGAGGGUUGGAGUUGAUGGUGGUUUUUGAAAGAGAAUUGGAGAAACACGAGAGGAAUCGGCAAGAAUUAGCCAACGCCGAAAAACUCUUUGACCUGCCCAUCACAAUGUAUCCUGACAUGAUCAAAAUCCAAAAAGAAAUGAAAGGCCUCAGGCAGAUCUACGAAAUCUAUAAGCUGCAGCAGGCUGCCAAAGAGGAAUGGUCCCAGACCCUCUGGGUGAAUCUUAAUGUCCAGGUGUUACAGGAAGGAAUUGAAGGGUAUCUCAAAACCCUUCGCAAGUUGCCGAAACACGUGCGUAGCAUGCCGGUGGCCUAUCACCUGGAAAUGAAGAUGAAAGCUUUCAAGGAAUCCAUUCCUUUGCUGCUGGAUUUGAAGAAUGAAGCCUUACGAGAGAGACACUGGAAGGAGCUGAUGAACAGGACAGGCACCAGUUUCGACAUGGCCACCGAAACCUUCACCUUGGAGAACAUGUUUGCCAUGCAACUGCACAAAUAUUCCGACGUAAUCAACGAGAUUGUGGGGUCUGCCGUCAAAGAGCUGAGCAUCGAGAAGGGAGUGAAGGAAAUCAUUGAAACUUGGGAGAACAUGAAAUUUACCGUCCAACGGUACUUCAAAGGGACUCAAGAACGGGGCUUCAUUUUGGGAUCCGUUGAUGAGAUCAUUCAGAUCCUGGACGACAAUGCCGUCAACCUUCAAAGUAUUUCCGGAAGCCGAUUUGUGGCACCUUUUUUGGGCACCGUCCACAACUGGGAGAAAACCCUCUCUUUGAUUGGUGAAGUGAUUGAGAUCUGGAUGGUCGUUCAGCGGAAAUGGAUGUAUCUGGAAAGCAUCUUCAUUGGGGGAGACAUCAGAUCCCAGCUGCCUGAGGAAGCCAAAAAAUUUGACAACAUAGAUAGGGUCUUCAAAAGGAUCAUGGGAGAAACGGUCAAAGAUCCGGUGAUCAAGAGGUGCUGCGAAGCUCACAACCGUCUUAGCGAACUUCAGAACAUAAGCGAUGGGCUGGAAAAGUGCCAGAAGAGUUUGAACGAUUACCUGGAUUCCAAGAGGAACGCUUUCCCGCGUUUCUUCUUCAUCUCGGACGACGAGCUGCUCAGCAUCCUCGGAAGCAGUGACCCCUUGUGCGUUCAAGAGCACAUGAUCAAGAUGUACGACAACAUAGCUGCCCUGAAGUUUCACGAGGACGACAGUGGGAUGAAGAUCGCCACUGCCAUGAUUUCCGCAGAAAAUGAAGUGAUGGAGUUCCGGAAAGCCAUCCCGGCGGAAGGCAGAGUUGAAAACUGGAUGACGGCUGUGCUGAUCGAAAUGCGGAGGACCAACAGGCUGAUCACCAAGGAAGCCAUCUUUCGGUAUUGCGAAGACCGAAGCAGAGUUGAUUGGAUGCUGAUGUAUCAGGGGAUGAUGGUGCUGGCAGCCAACCAGGUGUGGUGGACCUGGGAGGUCGAAGACAUCUUCCGGAAGGUCAAGAAAGGAGAGAAACAAGCCAUGAAGAUCUACGCCAAGAAAAUGCACCAGCAGAUCGACUCGCUGGUGACCCGGAUCACCAAGCCGCUAAGCAAGAACGACAGGAAGAAAUACAACACUGUUCUCAUCAUUGACGUCCACGCGAGGGAUAUUGUUGAUACCUUUGUACGAGACAGCAUUAUGGAAGCCCGAGAAUUUGAGUGGGAGAGCCAGUUGCGAUUUUACUGGGACCGCGAGCCUGACGAACUCAACGUACGGCAAUGCACCGGGACCUUUUCUUACGGCUAUGAAUACAUGGGCUUAAACGGGCGCCUGGUCAUCACUCCCCUCACAGACCGGAUAUACCUGACGCUCACACAGGCCUUGUCUAUGUACUUGGGUGGAGCUCCUGCGGGUCCAGCAGGAACUGGAAAGACCGAGACAACGAAGGAUCUCGCCAAAGCUUUGGGCUUGCUUUGUGUGGUCACCAACUGCGGAGAAGGCAUGGACUUCAAGGCUGUGGGUAAAAUCUUCUCGGGCCUCGCCCAGUGUGGAGCGUGGGGCUGCUUUGAUGAAUUCAACCGGAUCGACGCUUCCGUCCUCUCGGUCAUCUCUUCCCAGAUUCAGACGAUCCGAAACGCCCUCAUGAACCAGCUGAAAACAUUUCAGUUUGAAGGGCAAGAAAUCGCACUGGACCCUCGGAUGGGCAUUUUCAUCACCAUGAAUCCUGGCUACGCGGGACGAACGGAGCUCCCUGAAUCCGUAAAGGCCCUUUUCAGGCCAGUGGUGGUCAUCGUCCCUGACCUGCAGCAGAUUUGCGAAAUUAUGCUGUUCUCCGAGGGAUUUCUCCUGGCGAAGGUGCUAGCCAAGAAGAUGACUGUGCUGUACAAGUUGGCAAGAGAACAGCUUUCUAAACAGCAUCACUACGAUUUUGGGCUUCGGGCUCUGAAGUCUGUCCUGGUCAUGGCCGGAGAGCUGAAAAGAGGGUCUUCAGAUCUCCCCGAGGAUGUGGUCCUCAUGAGAGCCCUGCGAGAUAUGAACCUCCCCAAGUUUGUCUUUGAAGAUGUUCCUCUUUUCCUUGGCUUGAUCUCCGAUCUCUUCCCUGGACUGGAUUGCCCCCGUGUCCGCUAUCCCAAAUUCAACGAUGCAGUGGAACAAGUACUGGCUGAAGAAGGUUACAUGGUUCUACCUGUUCAGGUGGAUAAAGUGGUCCAAAUGUAUGAAACAAUGCUAACACGACACACCACAAUGGUGGUAGGGCCAACCGGAGGUGGCAAGUCAGUGGUCAUCAACGCCUUGUGUCACGCUCAGACAAAAUUAGGCCUGCUGACCAAGCUGCACAUCCUGAACCCCAAAGCCAUGAGUGUGAUCGAAUUGUACGGCAUCCUCGAUCCCGCCACACGAGACUGGACCGAUGGCGUUUUGUCCAACAUCUUCCGGGAAAUCAACAAACCCACCGACAAAAAAGAGAGACGGUACAUAUUAUUUGAUGGCGACGUCGAUGCUCUCUGGGUAGAAAACAUGAAUUCUGUGAUGGAUGAUAACAAGCUGUUGACUCUGGCCAACGGGGAGCGUAUCCGGCUUCAAGCCCAUUGUGCUCUUCUGUUUGAGGUUGGCGACCUACAAUACGCCUCCCCAGCCACUGUAUCACGUUGUGGGAUGGUCUUUGUAGACCCGAAGAAUUUGAGAUACAGACCUUAUUGGGAUAAAUGGACAAAAGAAAGGAGCAAGCAAGAGAAACAACUGUUGGACAGACUCUUUGACAAAUACGUGCCUUUUUUGAUCGAAAUGAUCGUCGAAGGGAUUGUGGAUGGACGGCAAGGAGAAAAAAUGAAGAUGAUUGUCCCGCAGACGGAUCUGAACAUGGUGACUCAGCUGAGCAUGAUGCUCGAUGCUCUGAUCGAGGCUGAAGUGGAGGACCCCGAUGUGCUUGAAUGCUACUUCCUAGAAGCCCUUUACUGCUCCUUAGGAGCCAGUCUCCUUGAAGCGGGAAGGGGCAAAUUUGAUGACUUUAUUAAACGCAUCUCUUCCAUGUCAACAGUCAACGACGAGACGAUUUUAGCAAAGCCAGGAGAAUUGCCAGGGCAGCUCCCCACCUUGUACGAUUUCCACUUUGACGGGAGAAGGUGGGUGCCGUGGAGCAGCCUGGUUGCUCAGUAUCACCACACUCCUGAAGUGAGAUUUAUCGACAUCCUAGUUCCAACUGUGGACACCACACGCACCACUUGGCUGCUGGAGAAGAUGUUGAAGAUCAAGCGCCCGAUGGUUCUGGUGGGAGAGUCGGGGACCUCCAAAACGGCCACGACGCAGAACUUGCUCAGGAAGCUGAACCCAGACACAAACGUUCUGCUGGUCAUCAACUUCUCCUCUCGCACCACUUCCAUGGACAUUCAGAGGAACAUGGAAGCCAACGUGGAGAAGCGGACCAAAGAAACCUACGGGCCUCCCAUGGGAAAACGGCUCCUGGUCUUUAUGGACGACAUGAACAUGCCUCGGGUGGACGAAUACGGUACCCAGCAGCCCAUCGCUCUGUUGAAACUGCUGCUGGAGAAGGGCGCCUUGUAUGACCGGGGGAAGGAGAUGAACUGCAAAUACCUCCGCGACUUGGGCUUCAUUGCCGCCAUGGGCAAAGCCGGUGGCGGCCGCAACGAAGUGGACCCCCGCUUCAUUUCCCUCUUCAGCGUGUUCAAUGUGCCCUUCCCUUCAGAGGUCUCCCUGCACUUGAUUUACGCCUCCAUUUUGAAAGGGCACCUGGCGACCUUCGACGAGUCCAUCGCUGCCAUUGCGGACAAAAUCACCUCCUGCACUCUGGCCCUUUACGAAACCAUCGUCCACGACCUGCCGCCGACACCUUCGAAGUUCCACUACAUCUUUAACCUGCGGGACCUCUCCAGGGUUUACAACGGGCUGGUCCAAACCACCCCAGAACGGUUCCAAACAAUCACCCAGAUGGUGAGGGUAUGGAGAAACGAAUGCCUGCGUGUUUUCCACGACCGGCUGAUCAACAAGGCAGAUAAAGCUCUGGUCCAAGGCCUCAUACAAGGCCUGCUGGAAACGAAUUUCAAAGACUCUGCUGAAAAUGCACUCAGGGACCCCAUCCUGUUUGGAGACUUCCGAACGGCCUUGAACGAAGGGGAGCCUCGUGUUUACGAAGACAUCCAAGAUUAUGACGCAGCCAAAGCUCUCUUCCAGGAGAUUUUGGAGGAAUACAAUGAAGUGAACACAAAGAUGAACCUCGUGCUGUUCGACGAUGCUCUGGAACACCUGACCCGCGUUCAUCGCAUCAUUCGAAUGGACCGGGGCCACGCGCUGCUGGUAGGAGUCGGGGGCUCCGGAAAGCAGUCCUUGGCGAGGUUAGCCGCCUACACCGCGGGAUGUGAGGUCUUUGAAAUAGUUCUCAGCCGAGGAUACGGCGAAAACAAUUUACGGGAAGACCUCAAGAUUCUCUACACGAGACUCGGGAUCGAGAAUAAAAUCAUCGUCUUCCUCUUUACGGAUGCCCACGUGGCAGAAGAAGGGUUCUUGGAGCUUAUCAACAACAUGUUAACCUCAGGCAUCGUCCCGGCCCUGUUCGCGGAUGACGAGCGAGACAACAUUUUGAGUCAGAUUACCCAGGAAGCCAUGAAAACAGGCAUAGCCCCAGCCAAAGAGAGCGUCUGGCAGUACUUUGUGAACAAGAGUGCCAACAACCUCCACAUUGUCCUCGGGAUGUCCCCUGUGGGGGAGACCUUGAGAACGCGCUGCCGAAAUUUUCCAGGCCUCGUCAACAACACUGGCAUUGAUUGGUUCCUGCCCUGGCCUCCUCAAGCUCUCUAUGCUGUGGCAAAGUUUUUUUUGGGGAGCAAUCCGCUCGUCCCCUCGGAGCACACCGAGGAGCUGAUCGCUCACACCGUCAUGGUCCACGGUUCGGUUGGCGUCUACAGCAAAAAGUUCUUGCAGAAGCUCAGGAGGAGCAAUUACGUCACGCCCAAGAAUUACCUGGAUUUCAUCAACACCUACACCAAGCUGCUGGAGGACAAGAAUAAUUUCAUUUUGGCUCAGUGCAAGCGACUGGAUGGUGGCUUGGAUAAACUGAAAGAGGCCACAAUUCAACUGGACGAGCUCAACCGGAAGCUAGCCGAGCAGAAGAUUGUGCUGGCGGAGAAAUCGGCCGCCUGCGAAGCUCUGCUUCAAGAGAUCGCCACCAAUACGGCCAUCGCCGAGGAGAAGAAAAAACUGGCCGUCGAAAAAGCCAUGGAGAUCGAAGAGCAGAACAAAGUCAUCGCCGUGGAGAAGCGGGAAGCCGAGACGGCCCUGGCGGAAGCCAUGCCUAUCUUAGAGGCUGCCAAGCUGGAGCUGCAGAAGUUGGAUAAAUCCGACGUGACGGAGAUCAG